UAUGGUUGAAGAUAUCUAAAAUCAACUAGCUCUCACUCCACACAGUACCGAAGCCGUCUCCUCCGGCUCCGGCUCCGCUUCCGCCGCGUCGGCGUCGCCAUUCCCCCCAAACGCAUCGCCAUUUCCGUUGCCACAAAUGCUCACGUGAUUACCACACCACUCCACCGUUCAAAGCAGCGAGCGAGCGAGCGAGGGGGCUAGGGUUUUAGGCCUCGGCGAGCCGACGGCAUGGGCUACCACCACCUCCUCCUCUCCGCGCCGCCGGCGCCGAAGCCGCUGCGCCCUUCCCUCCUCCCCUCCACCUGCUGCCCUCGCCGCGGCGGCGCGGGGCGGGCGCCCACCGCCGUCCUCGCCUCGGUGUCCAACGCCGGCCGCUCGUCGGUAGCGGCGGCGGAGGACGCCACGCGGAGGAGGGCCGUGCUCCUGGUCGGCGUCUCGGUGCUCCCGCUCCUCCGCCUCCGCGACGCCGCGGCGGCGGCGGCGGCCAGGUUGCAGCCCUCGACGGUGGAUCUCGUCACUGAUAGAAUGGAUAUUCCAAAAGCCAAGGGAACUCUACCUGAAGAACCUGAGGAUGAACUACCUCAGCCUGAUGUGGAAGGACCAACUCCAAGGAAUCCACUUGCAGGUCUUCUGAAUGCAAUUGCAGUUAUUGCUUCUGGUGUUUUCGCUGGACUUCUUGGCAUUUCUCAACAGGAAAAGGAGGCCUUGCAAUCGACCAUCUCAUCUAUGGAGAUCAAAUUGGUUGAAAAUGAGGCAGCAAUGUCUAUGCUUAGGGAAAACUAUGAGAAAAGGAUAUUGGAUGAACAAGCAGAACUGAAGAAACAAGCUAGGAAGUUCCAGGAGGAGGAAGCUUCGCUUCUAGAUCAAUUGACUUCAUCUAGAAGGACUGUAACAUCUUUAAGUGAGGAAGUUCAAAGGGAGAAGGAGCUAGUUGAGCAGCUUAAUCUUGAGAUAGAUCAACUUAAGAGUAGUAUUGUACAAGCGGAGGAAGACAAACAUGUGUUUGAAGGCACAUUGAAGGAAAAGAUAGAAAUGCUUGAUAUUUUGCAUGACAAGGUAAAUCUGCUUAGCCAAGAGGUAAAUGACAAGGAGAAAGACAUAAGGGAACUCAGCUCAUCACUUUCUGCGAAGGAAGGAGAUUACCAGAACCUGAAUGUGAUCUACAAUCAAACCAAAGAGAACCUAGAACAGGCAAACUCUCAAAUAAAGCAACUGGAGAAGGAUGUUCUUACAGAUAAAGAUGAUCUAAAAUCAAAGAUAUCAUUAAUUGAUUCAUUGAAUGAGGAAGUUCAAACAUUGUACACUGAAAAGGGCGAAGCAGAAGGAAAAAUAAGUGCACUAAUGAGACAGUAUACAGACCUGAAAACUGCUUCUGAACAGAGGGCAUCUCGCGAUUCUGAACUACUGUUUGAGAAAGAUUGUCAGCUCAAUCAGCUUGAAGAAAAACUUUCUGCUGCAUUAAAUGACUCCAGUAAAGACAGAACUAUAAUUGCAGAGUUGAACAAUGAAUUGGACACCACCAGAACAAUGCUAGAUUAUGAAGCUGUGGCACGAAAAAGUUUAUCAGAAUUAGUUCAGUCCACUGAAGAGACACUAAGAGAUUCCAGAAAUGAGGUGUUCAAACUCUCUGAAGAGCUUAAUGAAGUAAAGAGAUCAAACCAGGACUUGGUAACCCAGAUUUCAAAAUUCACAGAUGAGGCCAGUGAAGUGAAACAGGCUCUGGCCAACAAAAUAACAGAGGCUGAAUCAGUUUCUGCAACUCUUUCAGAUGAACUGGCAUCAGUCAGGGGGAUACUGAAAAAGUCACAAGAACAACUUGAAGUCACCUCUAAUCAAUUAGUGUCUGUUACAGAAGCACAUGGUGACCUCAAUAAAGAAUUGCUAGAUGCAUAUAAGAAACUAGAGUCCACCACAAAUGAGCUAGUUAAAGAACGUAAAAUCAAUGCCACUCUAAAUAGGGAGCUUGAGGCUUUGGUGAAACAAUCAGUGAUAGAGUCUGAAGUAAGAAGAGCUCUUCAAGUAGACUUGGAUGAGGCCACUAAAUCACUAAAUGAGGUAAAUGAGAGUACACUAUCUCUGUCUAAGCAGCUUGAAAGCACUAAUUCUAGGGUUUCUACCAUUAAAGAAGAGAAGGAGAUGCUAUCGAAGGCUCUUGAGGAACAAAAGAAAAGUACAGUUGGAGCUCAGGAAAAUAUGGAGAACACACAGAAUAUAAUAAAAAGGCUUGGGACUGAGAGGGAGAGUUUCGAAGUGAGGUCUAAAAAGCUUGAAGAUGAAUUGGCCACAGCAAAAGGUGAGAUAUUGCGUUUGAGGAGACAGAUUAGUGCCAGUGGGUCUCAGAAUACAAAAGUUCUUCUGGAAACAAGUGCAACACCAAAUGCCAGUCAACCUCUGAAAGAGCAACCUGUUAAUUAUCGUGUUCAAAAUACCAACAGCGCUGAUGUUGGAGCUCCUCGUUCUUCUAAAAGGGUUUAUAGGAGAAGAAAAGGUGGACCAGCGGCAUGAGCAUCAUGUGAAUGCCAAAAGCAAGAACCAUCGUUCUUACAUUCUCUAUUUAGUCGCCUUAUUAUAACAACUUUUGAACUUCCAUCCUUGAAAGGCAGCAUCAAGAAACCUCCCAACAAUAGUACUUGCUCUCCUCAGAUGGUGCUGACUAUUUUGUUGUAGCCCUAAGGAAAGAGAAAAUCUUUCUGUAGUUCCCUAUGAAGAGCUUUGAGAGAGUUGAUAAUGUUUGUUACUCUGUGUACAGAUGUGUUGUUGAGUUCUCAAGAAAUCAAAACGGAGUAUUCCCAGACCUGGAUGGUUCAUUAAUCGAAAUUUGGCUCAUGCUAUCUUUUUAUAUUA